UUUCCGUGUUAUUUCUAAAUUUUUGCGUUAAGUUCUUUGAAUUUAUUAAAUUGUAACUAUAUUAUCAUGUCUUUAUAUCAAAUGUAUACAUUAUUAUGUAAUGGGAAGAAAAAAUGAAAUAUAAAUCAUGUUAGGUGAUAUUCAACUGACGAAGCGUUUAAUUGUUAUUGCAUUGGUUCUUGGGGUUAUUUUAAUUUUAAAGGAGUACGUAUUCGACUUUUCAAUAUGAGCCAGUCGCGGGUGGCAUAUUUUUACAAUGCGGACGUAGGAAAUUUCCACUACGGCCCUGGUCAUCCUAUGAAGCCUCAUAGGCUCGCUGUGACGCAUAGUCUUGUGUUACACUAUGGUCUUCAUAAGAAAAUGCAAAUAUACAAACCUUACCAGGCCAAUGCACAUGAUAUGUGCCGGUUUCACAGUGAAGAUUAUAUAGAAUUCUUGCAGAAUGUCACUCCACAGAAUAUUCAAACAUAUUCAAAAGAUUUACUACACUACAAUGUAGGUGAUGAUUGUCCAGUAUUUGAAGGUCUGUUUGAUUUCUGCUCUAUGUACACGGGUGCAUCACUAGAAGGUGCUAUGAAGUUAAACAAUAAUGUUUGUGAUAUUGCCAUCAAUUGGUCCGGUGGAUUACAUCAUGCAAAGAAAUUUGAACCUUCUGGUUUUUGUUAUGUUAAUGACAUAGUAAUAGCAAUAUUGGAAUUAUUAAAGCACCAUCCUCGUGUAUUAUACAUUGAUAUUGAUGUCCACCAUGGGGACGGAGUGCAAGAAGCGUUCUAUUUAACUGAUAGGGUAAUGACAGUUAGCUUCCAUAAGUAUGGAAACUAUUUCUUCCCGGGGACUGGAGAUAUGUAUGAAAUUGGAGCUGAAAGUGGAAGAUAUUUCUCUGUUAAUGUACCAUUGAAGGAAGGCAUAGAUGAUCAGAGUUAUGUACAAGUAUUCAAACCUGUGAUAUCAAAUGUGAUGGAGUUUUACCGUCCUACUGCUAUAGUAUUACAAUGUGGGGCUGAUUCACUAGCUGGGGAUCGUCUCGGUUGUUUCUCAUUGUCUACACGAGGUCACGGUGAAUGUGUCAAGUUUGUGAAGAAUUUAAAUGUACCUACGUUAGUUGUAGGUGGUGGAGGCUAUACAUUGAGAAAUGUUGCAAGAUGUUGGACAUAUGAAACCUCAUUGUUAGUUGAUGAGAAUAUUUCAAAUGAACUACCAUAUACAGAGUAUUUGGAGUUCUUUGCGCCUGAUUUUCAGUUGCAUCCUGAAAUUACCAGGCCCGAUAACACAACAAAUGCAAACAGCAAACAAUACUUGGAGGCCAUCACUAAGUAUGUGUAUGAUAACCUCAAAAUGUGUCAGCAUUCACCUGCUGUACAGAUGUCACAUAUACCAGGUGAUUUCUUCCCAGAAGAUUAUAAAAUCAAAGAAGAACCAGAUCCAGAUGUGAAGAUGACUCAAGAGGAAAUAGAUAAAUUUGUGGAGCCCAAGAAUGAGUUCUAUGAAGAUGAUAAAGAUAACGAGAAGGAAACGGUGAUAGAGAAGAAGGAACCAUAGCAUACGGCCGAUUUGACUGAUCCUUUAGUCAUUUGACACGUGAAGGGAUAUAAGAGAUAUAGAAACUUGUUUAUGUAACCUCUUUAGUGCGGUGAUAGUUUAAAGACAAGUGCAAUUGUGGAUAGUUCAAAGUGAAGUGUAGUGAAAACGUUAUCUGGGUUAGUGAGAAGAGCUACUAUUGUGGUAAGUAUUUAAAAUAUAUUUAAUACCUGUUUACGCAUACAAAAUGAACCCAUGAAAAGACAAUUAAAGUUGGACGAGUUGUGGUACUUUUUGGUUUC